AAGUACUUUAUUAAGCGUAAUAUUAUAGGGGCUGACAAACAUGGCGUCCGCUGACGUACUCGAUGGUACUCGAUUCUUUAGACUUUCUUCUCUUGUUAGAUUGUACGAUACUAGACUUGGCAGCGUUAGGACUAUGGAGUCGACAUACAUAUAAAUUACUCUAGCUCUUAUUCGUAACAGAAUGGCGACGGACUGGAGACGAAAAGAAGGAAAGCAUUUUUACGAGAUUCAAGGGAAAAUACAGAGUUUUGUUCAUUUUGAACAGGAAAUGACCGUGGAAAAAAUCGACGUGAACGCAAAAGCAACAGGAUGCUGGGGAUUAAGGGGCAUCGUGCAACAGGCGGCGAAUGGAGCGUUGGUGAUCGAAUCGAAAGCUUAGAUGGUCGGUAUGUCGUGGCAGACGAGAUUCUGGGAUCAAUAGGCAUCGAUGAGCGGUUCUGACAGUCGAGCGUUCAUUUUUCGAAUCGUACGCGCAUUGACUUUGGAUCUAGAUGAGACUCGUGGCCAUCACUGCCGGUAACGAAAACUUGCAGGAUCCAUCGACGCAGCGACCACGCGAUUCGUGAUUUUCGCGUGAGCGUGGCAUCGCUCGCGCGACAUAGACACGCUCGAGCGCGCGGCUCACGACGCGCGCGUAUAAAUCACGCGGUACCGUAUAAUCCGGUAGCAUAAAUCGCACCAUUCGACACUACUAAUUCCCAAUAAAUGACCGCGUAUUCGUAGAUAGCCGUGUUAUCGACGUUUUUCUCCGCUCGUGAUCGUGAUUCAUUGGUAAAAAUGUGUCGUAACGGGCGAGGUGUAAUUAUGUUGAUUAAUCGACGGGGACACGUGACAGUCGAUUUUUUAUCUUUGCCGCGAACCACCAAUCGGACGGUUGUUUCGAUUAAAAUGGCGACGGUGGUAACACGCAGGCAGUCGCGUCUCUGUAAUUACGGGAUAUAAAGUUUCGGCAUACGAUACCGUAGUCUAUUCAUGAAAAAGAUCAAAUUCUUAUAGCGUAACAGGAAUCGCGCGUUAAUAAAUGUUACGAAGAGAGGUUGUAACCACGUCGCCGCCAAGAAUGUUGUCAAAUAGCUCGUUAAUGCUUUCCCGGAAACGUAAGCAUCGAGUGCUGUGUAAUCGAUGAUAACCAAGUACACCACUUAUCGCGUCAUCGUCGAGUAUUAAACACGAAAAUUGUAUGAUUAGCGGUUGCGAUUCGGUGAGAGAAGUACGAAGCAGAAGUAGGCAAAAUGUAAACAUUGCAAAAAAUAAAAACGUCAACAAACGGCAUUUUAAGGAGAACGUCGUUAUUGUUGUUGAAAACGCGUAGAGGACAGCAGAUGGUCUACGCGAGCAACACCGACGCGAUACGAUAAAGACGAAUCUAUCGCACGUUCGUGGCAGUUUGGUUAUUGUCCCGCCAUUUAAGCCGCGCGAUCAGAUAAAGCGUUAACCUUCGCGGUUAUAACCAGUUUACACGUGUCCUGGGGCGUUUUCGCGGGUUAACAUUCAUACCCUAGCCGAGUACAGAUUGCCGACAAAUAAUUCAGAAUCAGGCAACCGUUCGACGGCGGUAGGAGAUAAAAAAAUUCAUGGCUUGGAGUCGCCACGAUAACACGAGUUUCGCGUGAGUGUGACAUCGGUCGCGACAGAAGCACGCUCGAGUGCCCAGACCGGUGUUCUAUGGAGAUUUUUCGUGAUUCGGGUGAAUGGGCGAAGAAAUUCAGUCACCGAGAAAUCGCAGAGUCUAUUAGCAACGCGAGAUUCGGUCGGAAGAGUGGUUCACCGAGGGAAAGACGGACAGAGAACGAAGAACAUCGGAAGUCGUAUAGGAUCAAGCGUAGAGGGCAGGUCCAGCUCGAAUACAAAACAAGACAAAAGAAAACAAAAGGAAAGCAAUAUUACAGUGGCGAACAGAGAGGGAAACUUGAGAAGAGGCUGAAGGAAAAAGAAAAGGUCUAGCAGUCUGUAGACGAGCGAAACGGAAGAAGGCAACGCAAAUACAGUCCGGCAGAGGUAGACGAGCGGGGAAGACUCAUUGUUCCAAGGAUAGUGGGUGACCGUUGGGAAGUUGAAAAAUGGAAGGCAGCGGCACGGGAAUUAGCAGGCUGGACUGCUACGAGGAUAUGUUCAAGGAAAUAACCAGGAAACUGUACGGAGAAGAUCCUGAUCAUAGAACAUCCAGCGUGCAGAACGAGUUCGAAACAUCCGUAUCGUACAAGAACGACGACGAUACCGGAAAUGGAACCGAUGGGAGCGACGAUGGAAACUGGACGUGCGAAGAGGAGCCGCUUAAAGGAACCGAUGGUAGCCGUAUCGCGGCUUAUCAUCCUGGGAAAGCUACGUGGAGGUGUUACGAAUGCGGUGACGUGUUGGGCGGUGGAACACGUGACGUGGCCGAGCAUUUUAUGGAGCUUCAUUCCUCGAGGAUCCUCGCCGAUGACAGUAGGAACAGGCUGCACUCGCCUCACAAAGAUUACCUACAGUCCGAUUUGAAAAUCGAGGACGUGAUUUCCUACCUGGAGAGGUUACGUGAGCGCGCCGAGCGCGUCGCACCGCCCUCCAGACGGACGCAGGAAACGCAAACGGUACCCGCCGCUUUAUUGCCGGUCACGUCGACCUUUCUGCUGCAGGAAUUACCGUCCUCUCCUGCGCCGCAACAUCUGCAUCAGAACACGACGACAAUACCAACGUCGGCCACCGUGUCCGUUAGCGUGAAACGUUACACCUGUCCGUACUGCCCCUAUGGUACCGAUCGUCGCGAUCUGUACACGCGCCACGAGAACAUUCACCGCGAGGAAAAGCCGUUUCACUGUUACAUUUGCUACAAGCCGUUUAAUCGCGCCGAUCACGUGAAGAAACACUUUCUCAGGAUGCAUCGCGAGCAUGGCUACGAGCUGUCCAGGAUACGCAGACCCGCAGGAUCCAGCGCACCCAAGCCUCUCAAGCAGGAGCCAAACGCAGGAAUAACUGGAAAUGGGAACGCUAAUAGUCAGCAACAACAACAGCAGCAGCAGCAACAACAACAGCAGCAGCAGCAACAACAGCAACCGCAGCAGCAGCAGCAGCAGCAACAACAGCACACCAACUAUUCGUCUGGAUUUAACAAUAACAAGAGUUACCAAUUGCAGCCGAAUCCUGGUAACGGAACCACAGCUAGCGCAGCUGGAAUCUACCAGGCGACAUCCAUGCCUGUGCCCAGCAUCAUGCAACCGGAAGCGACCAAUUGUACUACAGGAAGGAGGGUGCAGAACGGAGGGUGUAAUAGCAAGAGUCACCUCAAGGGUGGCUCUAAAGGAGCUCAGGAGCGAAGGUAUACUUGCUGCUACUGUUCCUGGAGCGGCGUAGACAAUUGGUGCCUGAAACGACACCUCAACACUCAUUUGAAACCCUUCGCGUGUACCCUCUGCGAGUACAAAGCUGCACGCGCCGAGCGUCUCGCGACGCACGUGCUAAAAGUGCACAACAGGCGGCAAUGUUCGAGGUGCUCGUUUCUCGGCGAAGACGCAGCUCAGCUGCAGAUGCAUCAGCUGCACGUGCAUCGUGUCAGCAGCGCGAACUCACCUGCAGCAGCCACGACACAGGCUGCACCGCCACCUAAUAACCGCCAUCAGCAACCCUUGCACCCCGCGGGAGGAGGCAGACCACCACCUGGUCCGCCAGUUUUUCCAGCACCAGCUCCAGCGAUCGCACCUGCUACCACUGUGAUACCGCCUACUACGAUACUCGGCCACGAGAUGGUAAACUCCCCUGCAACUGCAGCGACAAUGGCGUACCCAACAUUGGAAGAGGAGAGGCGGUCGAGCGGUAUACGCCGUGAUCACGACGACGGCCACGACCAUUGCCACGACCACGACCACGACAGCGUCAUCGACGACCUCGAGAAUGCUCGUCACGUCGAGUGUCGCCAGGGCCAGUCCGCCGACCGCGUCGUCCAAUCGCGUAGCGGUCGCGGUUGCAGCGCUGGAUCACUGGCAUCUACCCCUACCAUGCUUAAUCGUGAUUUUACGUACAGCUAUCGUGCCGUGCUCCAAGAAGACCGGUCCGCUGUCGAGUGGGAGUGUCCUUGGGCCUUGGACGGUCAGAGGAAACCCAACGAGAGGCGAUCGAGGAAGCAAAGCUUGCCGAGAAAGGUGACGUGGAACCAAGAGUUCGAGGAGGACGACCUGACCGGUUUAGAGGCUAGCGAACAGGACAAAGGACAAGAGGACGCGACCAAACUCGGAAACGAGACGAUUAGAAUGAACGAGCUCAGGGAGAGGUGUCGACGUAGACUGGCCUCUCGAACGGUGCUCAAGUGUCGAAUGUGUCCCGUGGAUUCUCUGGCCAGAGGAUCCAUUUGUCGACCCUAUCACACCAGAGCCUCCCUCGCGCUUCAUAAAUUCUGGAAACACGGUACAAGCAACAGAUUCCCGAAGAGUUGCCAGUCCAAGUUACACAUGCGUCCUGUGUCACACGUCUCCUCUAUCACGCUCAAGGCUACCGUGUUCACCAGCCCCGACUAUGGUUAUCAUAGAUAACAUCUGGUGGAUACUGCUGAGCGGAACUUGUUCUACAGAUUUUUUUGGCCGUAGCUGUUUGGGCAAUCGUAACGGUGGAUUACGAAGCUAGGGCUGGGACUACUCGUCGGGAAUACGGAAAGUUCGCCGGGUAGUUUCAGUCCUGCUCGAAAUGUGUCGACUGUCUUUGAUGGGUGAUAUUUUUUGUUCUUCCAAGAGGGAUGACAAAGAUUUGAAAGAAGAAUUGGUCAAGAUUUGUGAUGUUGCAUAAUUUCGGCUGAAUUAAUCCUAUUUUCGAGUAGUUGUUGAAGGUUACCAUGCCACAGCCUUUCGACGACCACCGCUGGAAGCGCAAUUUCUGGAUUCAGGGUAUAUUUGCUUUUAUCCUCUCGAGGUGUGAUCACCGAGCCAACGUUCGUUUCUGGGAACGUUUGAUGUUUCUUAAGGCUCUGAAUCUCGUUUCCGUUGGGUAUCAGUCGAGUUUCCGAUAAGUGAGAUCUCUAAUCGUGGCGAAAUUUUGAUGCAUUCGAAUUCGACGUUGAACUAGGUAACAGGGAAAAAAUGUUGUCGGAGCCAACGAAACCGAUAGGCAGGAAAGAAAUUUUGUCGAGACGAUAACUGUCGUCGUUGUCGUCGUCGUCGUCGUCGUCGUCGUCGUCGUUGUCGAUAGCAGAAACGAAUUACGUCACCGAAAAGAGAAACUAGGAUUAAGUAAGUAAGAGUAAAAGCAGCGAAACCAUUAGAUUAAGGAAUGACUAAUCGAAAGUACCUUGACACGCGUUUCCUCGUGAGCUCUCAAUCGCGUUCGUUCGAACUUAGGUUUUGUCGCGAUAACGACUAAGUUGGAAGCAGAUGUGGGAAACGCAAAGCCGAACGCACCGUAACGAUAUUUUCAUGUAAGGAUACGAAAACUGCGAAUCAACGAUGAUAAUCCGUUGAUCGCCCUCAGUUGAUGUGUUGUGCAUUUGUCCAUCGUCCAUCUGUUAUUACGUAAGAUUGCUUUUCGUUUUCCAAUCGACGGAGUCGUUUGAAAGCUGAGAUACGAAUUUGACAGGGCUGGGACUACUCGUCUAAUCUAUCGACUAUCCGUGGCAUUAUUCAAAUAGUCCUAGCUCUAGUUUUGGACGGACUCUGCGCGUAGCUAGAGGAAGAUGAAGAUCGGGUCGCGUAACCGCUGUAACGCGCUUAGGCCGGACAAGCAUGAUUUUUAUAUAAGGAAUAUUUGUACAAAAGCCACUAUCUUGUUUACGUUAUUAUAUGAAAUAUAUUAUAUCUAUUGUACUUGAGCAGAGGACGCGAGAUCCCGGUGGAUGUAGACUUCCAGAGACAAUCGUCGCGUCGCUGCUUCUCUGGGACUCUGCGGUUUCCGGUGUUUCAUUUCACACGUCCCUUCCUUCGAACAAGAAUACAGCUUUCAUUUCAUUCUGUUAUCAUUUGGGAUACAGUGUUACUUCUUUGAUUAAAUAUUUUUAUAAGAGUAACGUCGUUUUAGUAGAAAUCUUUAAGGCUAGGCGAUGUAAGCGUAAGGUUGCUCGGUUAACGCGUUUGAUUCGUCUAAGUAUAGCGCCCCGCUGCGCUGCGCCACAAGACCAACAAUUGUUUUAUUUAAAUAAGUCAAGCUUAAUCCAAAAUCAAAUUGAGAAUUAUCUCGAGCGGACCAUUUGAAUUUCGACGAGAAAUUCGGUAGAAUAAUAAUUAGUACCUAAAGAACGAACAUAUUAAUAAUAAUACGUGAACCAGAAACUCUGUAUUGCGAUAGGUCGAGGCAGAAAGUAUUGGCUGCCGAAUGUCACCGAUACCCCCAACGUAACAUUCCGAUAUCGACAUUUCCUUCGGAAAAAUUAUUUUGUUUAAAAAUUUUAGCGGUAUUAAUUGAAUCGACGCAUCAAGUGCUGCGCAAAAUUGAUUUUACAACAGUUUCGAAUGGACCAGUUGAUGUAAAACUGUUCUAGAUGAAAUCUAGUUCUUUUAGAUUGAAGUUAAGUUUUAUAAAGUGUAUAGAAACGCCUGCAGUGAGGCGAUAAGUAUUCGGUAGCAGUUCCAAAGAAUAUUGAAACUAAAAGAAGAAAUACAUUUUUUUUUGUAUAUUGAAAAUUAAGUAGACGAAUUUUUAUUGAUUCCUACGCUUAAAGCGUCUUUUUUUUGUAACAUUGUUUUCGUAGAAACGCUUGUGACCGACCACCGGCGCACCGCCGACGCCGUUAUCAUUGCAGCUGCAAUCAAAACACUGGACGCGUCGAGGUUGGUAAUGUUGGUAUGCAUUCAAGCGUUGGAGCGUCAGGAAACGUUACCUACGUCAUUUCCGUGUUAUUUUUAGCGUUCUCGCGAAGAUCCUGCAUGCAAAAACCACGAGAAACCCGGCUGAAAAAUGUAGAUGCACUAUUUUGAAAUUCAAGCUAUAAAUUAUGAGAAGCGCGCGCGAGU